CCGCCCCGCCAUGCCGCAGCCGUAGGCAGCCCGCGGCCGCUCCCAGCCCUCGGCCUCCGCGGCCUCCGGGCCCAUGGGCAGCCUGCUGAGCGGGGUCAGCUUCAAGGAGCCCACCACGGUGGAGGACUGCGACUCCACCUGGGAGACCGACUCGGAGCCCGAGGCGGCGGAGCCGCGGCGGCAGGAGGGGGUGUGCUCCGCCGCGGGAGGCGGGGAAGAGCCGCCCGAGCCGCCCGCCGCCGACUGCCGGCCCCGGGAGCCGCCGCCGGCCCCGCCGGCGCAGGAGGACGCGGAGCGGGCGGAGGCGGACGCCGCCAGCCCCGAGCAGAGUAGUGAUGGAACUGAGCUGACAGCCAAGCCAAAGAGAAGCUUCUAUGCAGCAAGAGAUUUAUACAAGUACCGACACCAGUAUCCACAGAACUUUAAAGAUCUUCGGUAUCAAAAUGACUUGUGCAAUCUCCGGUUUUACAAAAAUAAAAUCCCAUUUAAACCUGAUGGGGUUUAUAUUGAAGAAGUCCUAAAUAAAUGGAAAGGAGACUAUGAAAAACUGGAGCAUAACCACACUUACAUACAGUGGCUUUUUCCACUGAGGGAACAAGGUCUGAACUUCUAUGCUAAAGAAUUAACUACAUAUGAAAUUGAGGAAUUCAAGAAAACAAAGGAAGCAAUUAGAAGAUUCCUUUUGGCUUACAAAAUGAUGUUGGAGUUUUUUGGAAUAAAACUAAUUGAUAAAACUGGAAACGUAGCACGAGCUGCUAACUGGCAAGAAAGAUUUCAGCAUUUGAAUGAGUCUCAACAUAACUACUUGAGAAUCACUCGAAUUCUGAAAAGUCUUGGUGAACUUGGAUAUGAGAGUUUCAAAUCUCCCCUGGUAAAAUUUAUUCUGCAUGAAGCUCUUGUUGAAGAUACCAUUCCCAACAUUAAGCAAAGUGCUCUGGAAUAUUUUGUGUAUACUAUUAGAGACCGAAGAGAAAGGAGGAAACUGCUGAGAUUUGCCCAGCAACAUUAUAUGCCCUCAGAGCAUUUUAUCUGGGGACCCCCAAGAAAACAGAAGUCAGAGGGAAGCAAAGCAAAUAAAAAGCCAGCAUCACCAGUUUCUAUUCCCAAUAGUCAUAUUUCUAAGCAUAAGAAACUGAAAGAGCCUAAGAAUGCAUCGGCAAGUGGAAGCUCAGCUGUUAAAAUAACUGAAGAAAGAAAGGUAGAAUUGACAAAAAAUGGGGAAGAAAAUGAUCAGGAUGAACAAGAAGUGAACUGUGAUGCUGUUAGGCGGAACAGCAGUGAGAAGAACAGUGACACUGAUACCAGUCAGCUUUCAAAAUCAGAAGAAAUUAAUGAUAAUUCAGACAGAAAGGAGGAUGCUUCUCAUUCCAAAAAUGAUGAUGAAAAUCUGAACAAUGAUUGUGGAAAUCACCCAGGCAUUAUAGAGGAAGAUUUAUGUAACACUGAGAAUUCUUCAAAUGACACAUCAGCAGAUCUAGAGGAUAACCUUGAUAAGGAUACAUUUUCAGGGGGGACCCCCACAAAAGCUAAGGAUGAGCUGAAAUCAUGAGUCUGAGAUUUUAAAAAUUGUUUCAUUUUGAAUGAAGCAGCAACUAUUCAUUGCUUCUUCAUUUUGGUUGAAAUUUCCAUCUCGUGUAAGUUCACGAGGCGAUGCUUGUUGUAAAUGCAUCAGAUUAGGCUUCUGUUAGGUUAAUGAAUUUUGUUUUUUUCAACCUCAGUUUAUCAGCAGUCAGCCAGGUGUGUCUCUUUAAAACAAUUGUGCAUAUUGAAAGCUAAGACAUUCAUUAUCUUUUUCAGACAGAUUGCACAGAAAAGCUUAUCUACUUUAUAAAAUUCAUCCAGUAUUAAAAAAAAAUAUAUAUGUAAAGUGUAACAACUAAAAGGCUUUGGAACAUCAGAAUUUUUAAGUUUCCUUUAAGUUUUAAGUUUUGUUUUCCAUUUAGGAAAUUACUAGAAAUUAUUUAAAGAACACAGUUUUUUACCCUAGUGGUUAUUGUUUUAGAAACUAUGUUCGUGAUUAAUAGCGGUAUUUGCACAGUAUCUUUACCUUAGAUUGGCAUCUUUGUUGGAAGCACUUAACAAUGGAUAGCAUAUAUCAUGUCCUGUACAGCUGGGAAUCACUGUACAUUGAAUAAAAGUUUUAACUUACAAAGAAACUGUAUCCACAGCUUUUGGAUACAAGGGAAGUUGCACUUUACACUCCUUUUAGUCCCUGUUAAAUUUUCCCUUCUCUUGACUCAUUUGUUACAACUAAGCUGGGGGGAAGGAUCUCUUUGAUCUCUCAGAUUUGGUCUGUUUGAAAGCUCUCUGUGAUCAGCUGUAAUAAGACAACUCCCCCAGCUGGGUUCAGCACCUGGAAAGCCUCUGGACAGCUGAAAAGCAGAGUGUUUACCACAAAGCACUGCCUUACCAGCAAAGCCAUCAGGGAAAAGGUCACCAGGCAUGUCAAGUUGGGUCUUAUUUGAACUUCGAUGUUUCUUGGCCAGUUGUGGGUAGGAUCUGUACAAUGCAGUCACCCUUUGCUGGCCUCAAAGACAAAGGCAAUCUUGAUGCUUCUUUCCAGCUGUCUGUUUCCUCUCUUUGCUUUCUAUCAUAAGUCUCUCACAGUUUUAUGUUACUUUGAUAAUCAGUGGUAACUUAAGGCAGGCCACUCUAUUGGCUGGGCUGGAGCCCAACAAGUAGGAAUUUCACUAUUAAGGUCUUUACCAGCUUCUGCUGAAGAACUGUCUGCUCUCCCUGAGUAGCUUCUUCUGAUUUUCUGCUGUUCAAGUCAAACGGUAGGACCUGGCAAGUUAGUUGUAGAGUAUGAAUUAAAAAAUAAUGCAGGUAAAAUUCACACUUCCUACAGUCCUAAAAUACUCUAAAACUUCUGUAUGUAUUUUCUGUUUUAAAGUGUACAUAUUAUCCACUGCCUUUAAUGUAUUUCCAAUUAAAUGUUAUGAGACAAGAGGCUGACUACAGUUUGAGUGUCAAAAUGCUACAGGACUUAAAGUCUUAUAACUCUAAAUGGUGAAGGUUUCAGAGCAUAGACAAAAUGUCUUGCAUUCUGUUUUGCUAAUGCCCAUCAUGGCAAUGCAUCUUCAGGUAGCGCUGGUUCUUGGGAUCAAAUAGAGUGGCAGUUAGGGAUCUUGGGAUCUUGGACCUAAGGAAGAAGAUUAGACUGUUUCCAUCCUAAUGAAGCAGAGAAGAAAGAAGAUCUGUUUCUCCUUCUGUGCUGACUUGUGAGAAAAGGAACUUAUAUACAUGGAUUUAUUUUUUUAGGGCAACCCGGAUCAUUAAAGAGGGCUGAGCAGGAAUGCCCCAAAGAAUUCCAGCCACCACCGUUUUAAGGCCAGAAAGAACCUGAGGAGCCUAUCACAAUUCCCUGGACAUGAACUGGGAUCCCCUUGUUCGUGUUUGGCUCUGACCUUCAGAACAGAAGGGGAAGGAAGUGCUGUGAUAAAACUUGUCUUAACUUGUGUAGUUAAGGACUCUGUCCCUCCAUGUAUGCAAAGGGAGGACACUUCAUUUUCUGCCUAUGACUUCUUCAGUCUUGAGUGCCUAACUGUGCAAACUUCAUAGAGUUGUUCUUACAUAGUUAUUUUUUGAGUACCAUAGGGGAAAUUGAUACCCUGUGUAUAAGGAACAUAAUUAUUGCAUAAGACGCUAUACAGAGCCUUCAAUUUAUGAACUUUAGUAUUAAUGUUAAACACUUUACUGAAAAUGAAGAGUAUGGAGGUGAAAUAAGGGAUACCGAAGGUGUUGUUAUAUUUAUUUGAUUCUACAUCAAUGACCUCAGGAGAUCUUUUGUCUACUGAACAAAAAAAAAUGAUAAAUCUUGCUCUGAUUCUCAACAAAGUUCUUGGGAUGUGCAUCCAGAAGAUUACUCUGCAGUAUUCCAUUAUCAUGACACAUCUCUCACUUAAACAUGCUUAUGGGGUUGAUGUUCAUUAUUAAGUGCUUAAAAUACUUUUAAUCUGGCAGAGCUGUCUGCAUUAAGGGGCCAAGGAACAUGAAAAUAUUGUCGAGAACUUUGGUACUUAGGUUUAUAUUAACUCUGCAAUUUAUUUUUUUCUUUUUAAUCUGCAACUCAAUAUAUUUCUCUCAGUUUUCAUAGAAGAGCAGUGGCACAUCAGUUGCCUACAAAGAAUGGGGACUAUGUAAAUGAGGGGUUUUGUGUCAGGUGGGCUCCUGCUCUCUUCAAUUCUUGUUUUACAGCUUUAUCAACAGAAUUACUCCCAUGGGACGCUUCAGCUUUAACUGACACAUUCUGCUCUAUGUAAAAUAUGACAGUGUAUCAUUCUUUUCUUAGAGGAACUGUUUCUUCUGAUUUUGCAAGUACUUAAAAGAAGGAUUUAUUGCAGGGCAAUCAUACAGCCUAGUGUCUGCUGAGAUUUGUGAGGAUCAAGUGGGUGUACUGUAUGCAUUUUUGUUACAGAUUCAUGGCCUUAGCAACCAGAAGCACCCUGUGCUUGAAGCUUCUAAGGAUUAGUUUACAGUAUAUAUACAGUAUAUAUAUGUGUGUGCUGAAAUGAUUGUAUUCUCAUAGAUGCCAGUAGUUGUUUAACCAUUACUUCAGGAACUGAGGGUAUGCAGACAAGGUCAAGUCAUUUGCUUACUGUUGAAUUUCUUUUGUCUUGCUAUAUGCUUAAGUAUUCAGGGAUUUCUGUGUACGUAUUACAAUAGUGUAUUUUGGCCCAGUGUAAGACUAGAAUCUCAGCUAAUGUCAAUUGAACAGAACCUUCCAUAUGAGGUUCUUUCCAAGUAAGUACAUCUGAGUAGCCUCUGGUACUGUUAAGUGGGAGUAGUGUGUAUGUGCACAUACCUGUGAAUUUGAUUUUAGGGAUCUUAUGGUGAGGGGAUAUGAAUGUGCAACUCAGAACAAUGUUACUGAGUAUGCAGAUGAGUACACACAAGGUGAUCAUACAAAUCAUGCAAAAAUGCAGCACUUUAAGGUUAGUUACAACUCUGUGCCCUACUAUGCCAGACACAAGUGUGCCUCACUACCUGAUACUGUGUUGGUGCAGAGACUGGAGGCUCGGGUACAUGAGGUGUGCAGCACAGACCAUUCAAAGCAGAAGAGGAGUUACAUGUGUCCACGUAUCCAGGAGCAGGUCUGAGAUCUUUGUGUCCAUGUUGCUUGAAUAAAAUCAUAAAGGAUGCUAAAAACAAGUGCAAUAAUCCUUUGUGAACUGGCUUGGGUCAGCUCCUCAGUUUCCUGCUCUAAGAUUGCAGCCCUCUAAUGUAUUAGGUAUUUGUAUAAUCAUUGUUACUAUUUCAUGUAACUAGUGUAAGCCUCCCUGAACUGUUCCAGGAUAAUUCUGAUAAUCUGCAGUUGCAUCUAUCUGUAAUAUAAACAGAAGGUUUAUAGACCUUAGAAGCUUUGUACAAUGUUGAUGGAUGAUCCAAUGAGGUAAGACAAGUGACAUUUACUGGAUUUAAAUGGCAAACAGCUCUUGUUUGUUUUUAAAUAAAACUUAUGUCUAUCUGUUUAAUUGAGAGGUUAUUUUACACCUUUCUUCUUCUGACUGUUGUGAUGGUACUGAUCACAAUUUAUAGUUAUAUACGUUUAAUUUUUUUACACCACACUUUUGCAGGAAACAUAUAAUAUUGAAUUUCCUUGACAAAAGCUGUAUUUAUGAAUAAGAUGCAAGUAUGUGAAGCAAGUUUUGCCAUUAAUAAAAGUGUGACAAUAUUA